AUGCACACGUCACUUCGAGACACGUCACUGUUCGGAAGUUCUAUAUAUACACAGUAGUCGUCAUUCGCUGCAGCAGUUAUAACUGGACGAAGAGCGCAGUCUGUGGUAUCUGUAUAUCAGGAGCAGUGUAAUUAAAAAUUCUACAAUAGACUAAACAAAAUGCAGAUCUUUGUGAAAACCCUGACUGGCAAGACCAUCACCCUUGAGGUUGAGCCCAGUGACACCAUUGAGAACGUCAAGGCUAAAAUCCAGGACAAAGAAGGCAUUCCCCCAGACCAGCAGAGGCUGAUCUUUGCCGGCAAGCAGCUGGAAGAUGGCCGCACCCUGUCCGACUACAACAUCCAGAAGGAGUCCACCCUCCACCUGGUGCUGCGUCUGAGGGGUGGUAUGCAGAUCUUUGUGAAAACCCUGACUGGCAAGACCAUCACCCUUGAGGUUGAGCCCAGUGACACCAUUGAGAACGUCAAGGCUAAAAUCCAGGACAAAGAAGGCAUUCCCCCAGACCAGCAGAGGCUGAUCUUUGCCGGCAAGCAGCUGGAAGAUGGCCGCACCCUGUCCGACUACAACAUCCAGAAGGAGUCCACCCUCCACCUGGUGCUGCGUCUGAGGGGUGGUAUGCAGAUCUUUGUGAAAACCCUGACUGGCAAGACCAUCACCCUUGAGGUUGAGCCCAGUGACACCAUUGAGAACGUCAAGGCUAAAAUCCAGGACAAAGAAGGCAUUCCCCCAGACCAGCAGAGGCUGAUCUUUGCCGGCAAGCAGCUGGAAGAUGGCCGCACCCUGUCCGACUACAACAUCCAGAAGGAGUCCACCCUCCACCUGGUGCUGCGUCUGAGGGGUGGUAUGCAGAUCUUUGUGAAAACCCUGACUGGCAAGACCAUCACCCUUGAGGUUGAGCCCAGUGACACCAUUGAGAAUGUCAAGGCUAAAAUCCAGGACAAAGAAGGCAUUCCCCCAGACCAGCAGAGGCUGAUCUUUGCCGGCAAGCAGCUGGAAGAUGGCCGCACCCUGUCCGACUACAACAUCCAGAAGGAGUCCACCCUCCACCUGGUGCUGCGUCUGAGGGGUGGUAUGCAGAUCUUUGUGAAAACCCUGACUGGCAAGACCAUCACCCUUGAGGUUGAGCCCAGUGACACCAUUGAGAACGUCAAGGCUAAAAUCCAGGACAAAGAAGGCAUUCCCCCAGACCAGCAGAGGCUGAUCUUUGCCGGCAAGCAGCUGGAAGAUGGCCGCACCCUGUCCGACUACAACAUCCAGAAGGAGUCCACCCUCCACUUGGUGCUGCGUCUGAGGGGUGGUAUGCAGAUCUUUGUGAAAACCCUGACUGGCAAGACCAUCACCCUUGAGGUUGAGCCCAGUGACACCAUUGAGAACGUCAAGGCCAAAAUCCAAGACAAAGAAGGCAUUCCCCCAGACCAGCAGAGGCUGAUCUUUGCCGGCAAGCAGCUGGAAGAUGGCCGCACCCUGUCCGACUACAACAUCCAGAAGGAGUCCACCCUCCACUUGGUGCUGCGUCUGAGGGGUGGUAUGCAGAUCUUUGUGAAAACCCUGACUGGCAAGACCAUCACCCUUGAGGUUGAGCCCAGUGACACCAUUGAGAACGUCAAGGCCAAAAUCCAAGACAAAGAAGGCAUUCCCCCAGACCAGCAGAGGCUGAUCUUUGCCGGCAAGCAGCUGGAAGAUGGCCGCACCCUGUCCGACUACAACAUCCAGAAGGAGUCCACUCUCCACCUGGUUCUCCGCCUCAGGGGUGGACAGUAAAUAUCCCAUCGUCUUAAAUGUUAUAAGCUAUUUCUCUAGCAAAGUCUCUACUUCCCCUUGCACCUUUUUUUUUAAUUUACCCAUCCUUUUUUCCACUUGUGUAUGAUGUAAAUGAAAAAUAAAACAUUGACCGUGUUAAAGGUUGUCUUUUGAUUUUCACCAACUAAAUAUAGUAAUGUUUAAUGUUAGGCUGUCUGCACUGUCAACCUGUGAAGCCUUUUUUGUUUGUUCAUAAGGUCCGAAAUGGAAAUUAAAGUGACGUUUAAAUGUUA